UGUUUUAAUUUUGUGAGUAUAUUUUAAAUAAAAAAUAAUUUGUUACAUAGGUUCUAAAGAACAGGAGUGUAUUUCUAGCACAUCAAGUGAUCUUGACGAUAAUCUAAUGGAAACCAGUGAAACAUCAGAUGAUGGUGACCAGUUUAUUGAUGAAGACAUUUUUAAAACAGAAGAUACUGAAACGCAAUUAUUGCCUUGUUCAAGUACCGAAUUAGGAAAUUGGGCAAUCCGACAUAAUAUUACACAUGCAGCUCUAAAAGAUCUCCUACAAAUAAUCAAGAGACAGUAUGAUUCUAGUUUAUUUAUCGAUGCUAGAACAUUAUUAAAAACGCCACAAAAUACGAAAAAAAGUUGUAAAGUUAUACAGGGUGGAGAAUAUUGGCAUCAAGGUCUUGACGUUUGUCUAACGAACACUUUUAAAAACUUGUCAAAAGACAUGUUAAUACAGCUCAAUGUAAAUAUAGAUGGGUUGCCAAUAUAUAAAAGUUCCAAACGUCAGUUUUGGCCAAUUUUAUGUAGCAUAUAUGAAAUGCCUGAUAUACAACUUAUUAUUGUUGGCAUUUUCCAUGGAAAUAACAAGCCUCUAGAUAUAAAUGAAUUUUUGGAGCCUUUUGUUGAGGAUGUUAAGCGGCUGCAAUCAAAUGGACUCUGUGUUAAUGGGCAUAUGAUUCACAUAAAAAUUAGAUGCUUUAUCUGCGAUUCACCUGCACGGGCAUUUAUUAAAGGUGUAGUCAAUUUCAAUGGGAUUAAUGGAUGCCUUAAAUGCACUACUGAAGGCGAAUAUUCUUAUCUUUCUCGAACUGUUGUAUUUCCUGAUAUAAAAUGUCCUCUUAGAACUGAUGCAAAAUUCAAAAGUAAACAUUAUGGUAAGCACCAUAAAGGGCAAGAGUCACCAAUUUUGAAAAUUUCCGAAGUUGACAUGGUGCAGGAUUUUAUAGUAGCAGAUGAACUACAUCUUUUAGAGCUAGGUGUGAUGAAGCGUUGUCUAACAGGAUGGAAAGAUGGUUCUAUGGGUUUCUCAAGUAAGCUAUGUGCUCGUGAUAUUGAGAGGAUCUCCAAACAUUUAAUAUCUGUGAAACUUCCAUCUGAAAUUCAUCGUUCCACAAGAGGAUUAGAUUGCCUGGCAUACUGGAAAGGAGUAGAAUGGCGCAAUUUUCUUAAUUAUAUUGGAAUUGUUAUUUUAAAAGCAGUGGCGUAA